AUGUCAGUGACGGUUCUCUCGCGGCUUGUUGACCCUGAUGUGUUAAUUCCGAGGACGGAAUAUGCCAAUGGUAGGGAAGCAUAUUGCUGUUCUGAACACCGAUUUACCCCUUGGGUAUUCGAACACGCCGAAAUCGCGGAGAGAGACUGCACCGAGUCAUGGCCGAAUGAAUGGGGCGACUUCAAGAAAGUUUUCGGGCUUCUCAAUUCAUACUACACCGAGCUUAAUGGGAACAGUCAGAGAGACUUAACACAUGAUUUGAAAAGAAGCGAGAGAACCAGACUACCCAAGAAAAACUGGAAGGUCUCGAGAAGAGAGUACUUUGAGCAUUUCAUGAGAUCGCAAGGUAUGAUGCUGCGGGAGCUGGUGGAGACUAUUUAUCAGAACCUCAAGGAUGCGAUGCCUCAAGCUCCUCGACUUCACUACGCUAGUUUCCCUGUGUCAAGGUUUGAACAAAAAUACGUCAUUGGUGGCCAACGGUAUAUUAGUCGACCGGAUGGAGCAGCUAUGGUUAGUCCGAAAGAGCGACGUUUGCCAAUUAUCUCCUUUGCCGGUUGGUAUGAAGGGCAGACAUGGAGCGAGUUUCUGGCAGAAAUUCUGAGUAUAAUGCUGGGACAGCUUGCCAAAAACAUCAGAGUGGAUUUUCAAGACCAGGAGGUCUUUAUCGUCGGAUUCUACGGGCGAUGUAUCUAUAUUGCCCGCGGAUAUUUUACAACUGACUUGAUCUCGCAGGUUCAACUCCAUGGCUAUACGGAAGAUGAGACUAUUGAGAUACAGUUCACGCGAGGCUGCAAUCUGUCAUCGAGGGAAGACUGGCUUGAAGCUAUGGAUGCUCUGACAGGGCUUCUGCGAUACCAAUUGAGUGGGAACGCCAUGGUAAGCGCGCUGAAGCCUUAUUUGCACAACGAUGCUAGUCCUAAAGUUUAUGGUUAA